AUGGAGGCAGUCGCACCUGGGAAAAAAAGGGUGAGUUCAGAGCGAAGGAAGGAGAAAUCCAGAGACGCAGCACGUUGUCGGAGAGGAAAAGAGUCUGAGGUGUUUUAUGAGCUGUCCAGAGAACUCCCUCUCCCCCACAGCGUCACCUCUAACCUGGAUAAAGCAUCGGUCAUGAGACUGGCUCUCAGUUACCUGCGCCUGCGUAAACUGCUGAACAGCGAUGUGCUGGAGAAGGAGACUGCAUUAGACACUCAGUGGAACGGUUCAUUUCUGAAAGCUCUGGACGGGUUUCUUUUGGUUCUUUCAGCUGAUGGUGAUAUUGUCUACCUUUCAGAGAAUGUCAGCAAGUGCUUGGGCCUUCCUCAGAUUGAACUCACUGGUCACAGUGUGUUUGAGUUUACUCAUCCGUGUGACCAUGAGGAGCUCAGAGAAAUGCUGGCACACAGAUUUGGUCUGUCUAAGAAAUCGAAAGAUCAAAACACAAACAGAAGUUUCCUGCUGAGGAUGAAAUGCACGCUGACCAGCAGAGGGCGCACUGUCAAUGUUAAAUCUGCCUCCUGGAAGGUGCUGCGCUGUUCGGGCCGUAUCCACACAGCAGAUGGUGUUGAGAAGGAGGUGUGUGAAGAAAAAAACACGUGUUCGACGUACCUGGUGCUCAUCUGCGAGUCUAUUCCCCAUCCGGCGAACAUUGAGGCUCCUCUGGAUUCCAGAACGUUCCUCAGCCGCCACACUUUAGACAUGCGCUUCACCUACUGUGAUGAGAGGAUCACAGAGCUCUUGGGUUUUGAUCCAGAGGAUGUGUUACAGCAUUCUGUGUAUGAAUACUAUCAUGCGUUGGAUUCAGACCACAUGACCAAAACACACCACAGCCUUUUUGUGAAGGGGCAAGUGUGUACCGGACAGUACCGUCUGCUGGCUAAAGCCGGAGGGUUUGUUUGGGCAGAGACUCAGGCCACUGUGAUCUAUAACAGUAAAAACUCUCAGGCACAGUGUGUGGUUUGUGUCAACUACAUCCUCAGUGGCAUUGAACAACCCAAACAAAUCCUGUCGCUUCAGCAAACCAACAGCACAAAAAUAAAACAGGAAGAACACCAGGAGGAGGUUGAGGUGACCAUGGCAGAGUUGAAAGAGGAGGAAAAGGAGAUGGACAAAGAAGAUGAGGAGUGUGUGCAGCCUGUAGUGCAACAUAACAGCCUGAAGGGGGAGACAGAGGCGCUGACUGUAGCAGAUCCUGUUCUCACGCUGGAUAUCAACAUCACUGACUCAGCGAUCUCUGUCCUGACAGAAAUUCCUCUCUACAACGAUGUCAUGUUGCCCUCUUCAGAUGUCCUGCUCCCCCUCUCGCCCCUAUCUCCCCCGUGCUCCUCUCUAAAUGAUGAUGAAGCCUCCACAGGCCAUCUACAACACGACCAAUUCCCUUUCCAACAGUCCUCUGACUCCUCCAGAUCACAGGUUGAUCUACCGGUGGAUUCAGAACUAUGUGACCAGCUAAAACCAGAUCACGUUGAGAAACACUUUUCCAUGGAUAUAGAGUCCAAGACACAGGGAGUGGGUUUGGAUCUGGAGAUGUUGGCUCCAUACAUUCCCAUGGAUGAUGACUUCCAGCUGCGGACUGUUUCUCCAGUCAGGCCCAUGUGCUCCAGUCCAUGUUCAGGGCUUGAUCUGACCCCGUCCAGCAGCACACAAACCAGCCCUGCUCUUUCGGCAGCCACUCCAGAUUCGCUAUCCUGUGAUCCCGUGCAGCAGAAAAACAAAACCACAGUGCAGGACCACAGCAGAGAAAUUAUUCAAGACAGUGAUAUUUCUUAUAAAUGUCAGACCAACCCGAAGCUACUCAAGAGGAAACUCGAGACCAUACCGCUGUCUGAAGCAAUAAGACUGGGGUCUGUGCUGCAGGUUGUUACCGAUUUUCCAGAGAAAAAGGUCCGCAAAACAGAUGCUCCAUCAUCAGAAGGAAUUCGUCAUGCUACGAUACUGUUGCUGCCAUCCAAUGUUGCAAGUCGGUUAUUGAGCAGAUCGUCAGAGGGCGGAGCCAUAGCUAUGCCCCUCCCCCAAAUCACCCAUCACGACUGUGAGGUAAAUGCACCUGUGAUUGGACGACAGCACCUGCUGCAGGGGGAGGAGCUUCUUUGUGCCUUGGAUUUAGUUAUUUAA